AUUAUCUUAUAAACGGUAAACCUUCCUGUCAAGUCUAAAUUUGUGGAUUUUAGUGCGAGCAUAAGCGGCGAACAAUUCACCAGACAAGAGUUUGCAAGGUUGUCCGCUAGUUUUGCGGCUAAUCUCUUCCUCAUCUUCAUCAUAGCCUCUUUCAGAAAUGCCCGGACAACUGCAACAGCAGCCCGCUGAUUCGGAGCGGCCCUCAAAUGCUUCCCCACAGCAGCCAGAUACGUCACGGAUCUGGCCGCAGCUGCUACCAGAGCUUACGGAGAGCAUCGUUAGCUUCCUGCCGCCCAACGAGGUCGCCUGCACCGUGCGACUGAUCAACAAGGCCGCAGCCGCGCAGUUCCGCGGGCCUCGCUAUACCACCGUGCAGCUUUCUUCUCCCGUGCCGCCCCACGCAUUCAAGGAGCAAUGGGAGCGGCCCGGCGUCAUGCGUGGGCUCACCGUACAGCGGCGGCAGGAGCUACAGUGGCUAACGGCCCGCAGCGGCAGCCUGCCAAACCUCAAGGUGGCAGUUGCUGCCACAGGGAUUCCUUAUGUGCACAAGUUCCUCCGCUUCCUGCGCCCAACCUCCCUCGUCCAGGCUGCGGUCGAGACAGGCCGGCUGGAGAUGUGCGAGUGGCUGAUGGAGCAGGGCCACUCCUUGGAGUUGAUUGUUGAGGCUGCAGCGCGUGCCGGGCAGCGAGGCAUAUGCGAGUGGGGCCUGGCUAGCGGCUGCUCCUGGAGUCCAUGCCUUGCGUACGCUGCGGCUCGAGGGGGCCAUGUGGGCCUGAUGGAUUGGCUGCUGCAGCUGCACCAGGCAGAAGGUGAAGAUGUUCGGGCCGCUGAGCUGCUUAAAGCUGCAGCUGGCGGCUGCGAGCUGCACACCCUGCAGCGCCUGUACCAUGACUGGGCGGGCGAGCAACAGCUGGACGACUACGCAAAGAGAAAUGUCGUGACUGCUGCGGCCCGCGGCCCCACACCUGACUGGCAGGCCAAGCUGGUGUGGCUGGAGGCGCGGGGCUUUCCUGGCUCGGAGGCUUGCUUGGGCGCCGCCUCCUGCCCUGACGCUCUGGACCGAUUGAGGUGGCUGCGAGGGCGGGGCUACCCGCUGAGCGAUCGCGUGGCUGAGGAGGCUGUCGAAUUCGGGAACAUGGAGGCGCUGCACUACCUGCUGCUGUCAGAGGGUGUGCAGCCGAAUUCAGAUUGCGGUGAAAGGGCCGCAGAGUCUGGCAACCUGGGAGCACUAACCUUGCUGCAUGCCCACGGCUGCCCGAUGGACGAGGAGACGGUCGAGGUUGCAGCCCGGAGAGGGCAGCUGCAAGUGGUGGUCUGGCUGGUGGAGGAGGUGUUGGGGCCAGCAGGGGUGCAGCUGGGUGCAGAGGAGUUCAGCAGUGCUGCCUGUUCAGGCAACCUGGAGCUGCUGAGGUGGCUGCGUGAGAGGGGCUUCGCCUGGAGGGAUGCCGGGGCUAUCACACGGGCUGCGGGGUCAGGGUGUGGCGAGGUACUGGAGUGGCUAGUGGAGCAAGGCUGCCCCAUGCCGGACGACGGCCGUCCAUACCUGGAAGCUGCACGCAAGAGCGACCUGGCCACCUUGGCCUGCUUGAAGCGGCUGGGCUGCCCCUGGGGCCCGCCUGGGCGCCUGCUUAGGCAAUGCCUCCAAACGGUGUGCAGUUGCGCCGUGCUGAGCUGGCUGCUGGCGGAGGGGUGUCCAAUGACGGAGGAGGCGGCGCAGCAGGGCAUGCAGUGUGCAUAUGAGUGGCAGGAUGCGAAUGACCCACGUAGGAGGCGGCUGUGGGGGUGGCUACAGGAGAACAUGGGCCUGCAGCCGCCCCAGCAGGGCCCCAGAGGCAAGGGGUGGCAGCUUGAUUCCGAUGUCGAAUAGGGCAUGGGACAUAGGACAAUGCGACAAAGGACUAGGACGGGAAGACAACAAAUCAGCAACGAGGUCCGGUGCACCUGUGCUGUCGUACUGCUCCCAGCUGCACAUGCAUGUGAGGUAUCGUGUGGGUGCCUAUAGAGCUGAGGAGGACUGUUAUAUGAUGUUACCGGUGGGCCUUAAUGCAGCGAAAAGGACUCGAGUUGAUUCGUGCUGACAAGCAAGUUGGGGUUCCAGGAGGAAUCGUGGCAGGCAAAGCGCUGUGUCCCCUAGGUUCGUGUGGGGACAACUUCCUCCCGACUUAGCUGGCUGCUAAUACCGUAACCUCAUAGCAGCCGACUGGUUCAGCGUCUGGGCGACUCACUGGCGGCUGUACUGGGUUGUACCCUGCUGCUGCUGGCUGCUGCGAGGGUUCUGUCCUUAGACUCCAG